AGCUUGUGGAUCGUUUAUUGGGCCUUGGGCCUUGCACGGAAUAUGCCGCAGGUGUUGGCACUAGCUGUACCCAGUCACGCUCAUUUGCCAAGGCACCGCGUGAUCAUUGAGGGCGUCGAACCAGGCAAUCAAGCAGAUGGCCAGAGUGUGUCGCAGCCAAGGAGAUGUGUGGGCGUGGAGACACCACCAGUUGCCCCUUCACCUUCCAGGUGCAGUGGCUUGCCCGAGGACGUUCCCCUGGACUCGGUCAGAAAUUUGAGCACUCUCUGCACAGAAGCUGCAGCACAGGAAGUGGCGGCACUUCUUGUGGGGCCCAUGAAUUCGUCUGGUUCAGACGAGACGCACCAACGUGCUCACAAUGUUGCAAAGCUGCUUUUGUCAAGCUCGGAGAGGCACACCGCGACAUCACCCCCAUACCUGCGGCGCUUGUUUAUGCUCCGCCGUUCUCGGCGACGUGUCCGUGCAGUGCGUCAAGUGAAGCUUGUUCUCGGCUUGCGCGGCGAGCUCCUUCUUCGAGCAGCUUGGACCUCUUGGGCAAGCAGGGCCCAGUUGCGGCGGCACGUAUUGCUCCGGAGAGCACUUGCAGAGGUUCACAACGUCAGCAAGUUUUUCAACUUGGACUGGCCAUGGUCAAGAUGCUUGGCAAAACAAGUCUUGCUGGCAUGGAGUUGGAUGUGGAUGCGAUCUUGGCGGCGGCGAUGCUUAAGAUUGUGGACUGGGGGAAGGCCAGCGAGAAGGAUCGAUGGACUCUCAACACUAGUUGGGUGUGGCGAGGCUGCCUUUCGGCUGGUGCUACUCUAUGCAUCUUUGCACGCCUGGUCAGAAUGCUGCACCUACAAGAGAGACCAACGAAACCAUUCUGAGGCAUGUGAAAACCUGCAAGCUGACGCAAUCAGAUACUUUGAGCUGCGCGUGUUUGCGACCUGGAGCCGCUUGGUCUUCAAAAGGCAAGCCGGACGGGCCAGCAACCGCUUGGCCCAGGAAAGUGCAGCAUUGCUGAGCCUGCAGCUUCGGUUUGGCUUUGAGCGACAUCGGCACGCAGAGAGGUGGCAUAUGCAGCGUCUCACGACUGCAAGCUUCAAGAUGUGGCUGCAGGUGAUCUUUGAGCAGAAGAAGCCUUGCAAAGGAUCCAAUGUUCACAGCCUCCCUCGUGCUUCUUCAAUUAGGAUUCUUCACCCGUGUUGGACGGCUUGGCGUUUGCGGCUUCAGGCUGCGCAUCGGGACUGGCAUUUUGCAUGCUGCUGGUGUUCAAAGAUGCAGAAGGUUUCAGCUGUGGCCCUGUUGCGAGCUGCGAUGACCUAUUGGCGGCAAAGCACACAGGGUGCACACCGUGUCAGAGCAUUGGAGGUCGAGAAUGGAGAACACCCCAAGCUCCGCUUGGGAAGGAAGCUGCUUGCAGCCCAUCUUGAGCCAGACAGGUCAUUGGCGGAGUCUGACACAGUUUUCCAGAGCGUCUGGGAGGCAGACUGCUCUGACUCUCAAGCAAAGCGGCAUCAUGAUGACAGGACGUUGACUUUGUCAUUUUCAUCGAGCAGCUCAUUCGGUGGAAGUUGCCGUUAAGCACCGCUGGCACAAUUCCAUCGUUUGAUUUUCAAUCAACGCAUUUGGUCCUGAAAAAGGACUUUCGUUGGAAUUCCUCAUGGGGCGCCCCCUUGAGGCAAAGCGUAGAACUACACAUUUUGUACUUUGUGCAUGACACAAUUCAAUGUCAAGAUCAGUGCCACAACUGAGUCUUCAAGUCUUGGAGACAGAGAUGCCGUGUCACUGGCUAUAUUGUUGUGCAUGACAGCAGCUCAAU